UCCAUCGCGUCAAGCAUGAAUCAAAUGAAAGGAUGUCGUCUCGCGAAGUCCUCGUUCCCUAACUCGGCUCGGAUAAGAGGUGUUGCCAAGUCUGCCUUCUUGUCCAAGUUUUUUCGCCUUUCGUCCUCCCGCCCAACAUGCGAAUCGUGGACAAGUUCGUGGAGGCGUGGCACGAUGCUAGUGACACAGUGGAUAAUCAGAUUUUUGCCAUACCACUUGGUGAACUCAGAGGUAUUACUCUAGACAUCUCCACAUACGCUACCCCUGGCAAAUUCCGCCUCAUCCACUGCGGAAGAUUUCUCAAUGAACAAGUCCUCGCAAUCCACGAGAUCUCCAGCCUCGAUAUCCCUUCCUACUCCUACGCAGCUAUAUCGUACCCCUGGGAGGGCUUACCUCGCAAUAACAAUAACACGUACAACACAUUCACUGUCGAGGGCACUGGAAAAAUAGAGAGAGAAAAGGGCCCUAAAAAGUACAAGCCCGUCAGCAUCGAUGUCCUCACACAUGCGUGCAAGGCUGCUACAAGUGACGGUGACAACCUCAAGAACAAGUCUGCCAAAGGUUGCAGGUACAUCUGGCUUGACAAACUCUGCAUGCUGCAGGAGGAUCACGAUGACGAGGCUCCCGAUGUCAGGACUCCCGAGAAGAAGGAUCGUGAUGAGAAGGCUAAAAAGGACAAGGACUGGCAGAUCAUGCACAUGUGGGACAUCUACUCCAAAUGUAGGAUGUGCAUCAUUCUGCCUGGUGGAAUGGGCAGACUUGCACGAGUUGAGGAAGACACCACCUGGAUCCAGCGUUCGUGGACGUUCCAAGAAGCCAUAGCACAACUGGAAAACGCAUUUGUCUUGUUUCGUUGGAUACACGGAAAGGUGGAUAUCUACGGAAAGGACGGAGCCAAUUUCCAUUAUAGCGAAGUUAGCCCAGGAGAGUCGGCCAUGUGUACCCUUGAUAUCGCCCUUCAGUGCAACUGCCUCGGGAAGGACGGGACACUCCCUAUCCUCACAGAACAGGGGGGGCAUCAAAUAUUAAUCAAUCUCGUCGGUCGCACAAAUGAUCCCCAUGUCACCGCAUUCCUCGCUGUUACAGACGCGCGCCACGCUGUUACAGAAGCACGCGACACUGUUGAAGAAAAACAACGCGAUCUUACAGAAACACAACGCAUUAUCACUACAAAAGCGGGCUUCGCUCCUGAAAAAGUAGCUCACGAUGUUUCAGAAGCACGCUUCGCUGUUACACAAGCACGCCGCUCUCUAAGUGAGGUAGAAGAUGCUUAUCGUCAAGGAAUUUGGCGAUGCUCACUGAUGCGUUCAUCUUCACGCCCCGUGGAUACCUGUGUUCAGCAUCAUGGGCGCGUUCGGAGUAACGCUCAACCCCAAGGACUUCAGGACUCCAGGACAAACGGCAAAGUGCAACCAUUGCCCUUGCGAAAGGGUUACUACAGAAAGGACAACGCGCGAGUUGGCUCGCUCCAUUCAUCUCUCUUCCCCCAGUAAAAGGGCUCUCUGCAUUCCCAAAGUUUCCGCGCAUGUCUGUGGCAAAACCAGCAAUGCUGGGGAGGCGUCGAGUGGCAGAGUUGCUAGAUGCUAGGACAGGAUGGCUCGAUGACCUCCCAUCAGGGUCGAUGGAUGAUCGCGGAUACCUCAAAUUUUCCGCCCCUGCUGUGCCUUUGGUGCACAAGAUCAUUUCCCCUGCA